AUGGUAUUAAUUGAAGGAACUGAUAACAAUCUGAGUAAUCUGAGUAACCUUAAGAGGAAAUACCCUUCUUUGGCAAAACCUCGCCAGCCUUUAAAAGAAACCAAUUCCAAUAUUCCUUCACCAAACAAACGAAGGAAAACCGAGUCCCCAAGUAAACAACAGCCACAGGAAGUUCAAAUUGAUAGAAAUAUUCAAAAACUGAAGAAAACUCAACAUCAUUAUGUUCAACAACAAAAGGCUAAUGAGAAGUUAUCUGGAGAUGAGAUGCACCAAUGGCAACAGUCUUGGAGAAAAAUCAUGAAGCAUUCAGUGGUAUACUUUGAAGGGGAUCAACAACUGCAAGAAUAUAGAAAAGCUCAUAAGCUAUUACGAAUUGUUGGCUGUAAAGUUACACCAUUUUAUGAUAACAAUGUCACUAUUAUUAUAUCGAAGCGUCCAUAUGAUGAUAAGGCUGAAUAUUCUCCCCAUGAUAUAUUCAGUAAUGUUUCAAAGGGAGGAAUCAAGGUAUGGAAUUAUGACAAAGUCUUCCGAUUCCUUAAAAAUCUAGGCAUAAAUAUUCAAACAGGGGUAGACGAACUUGCCGUUAAUACUCAUACGGUUCUCCCACCAUCUUUAACCAACGGUACUAGCACAACCAAUAAUGACAAGAAUAACUUAUAUACUUUAUUGAAAGAGGAAAAAAUUUAUGGUUCCACAGAUAGAGAUCCAAAUGCUAAACGAGAUGACUUGCAUUAUUUCUCCAAAUUCUAUUUAUAUGUCUAUGAUUUGACCCAAAUGGUUAGACCAAUCGCGGUGCGAGAAUGGGGUAGCAAUUACCCAACUAUGCGUUUGACACUAGACGGAAAAUGUCCAUUUAUAAUUGAUCCAAGUGAUCAAAAUCUGGAAAGGAAAAGAGCUAAAAGAUUGAAGAAAUUUGAAGCAACUCAGGUCCAUCGUCAGGCAUUAAAAUUAGCUACAUUUAAAAUGAUUAAUGGAAUAUCUAUGAGUAUUCAAGGGUUCACAGGAACUAGUACCAGCACCGACAAGAUUGAUGAGGAUGUGGAAAAGGAACAUGGUCCAGAAGCUGAAGCUACAGUUAGUCAAAUAAGCGAAGAACACAUCUUUAGACAACCAUUGAUACGUAACUCGUCGUGCAUGCAAUCAAAGGCCACAGAAGUGAUGGCUUCUGGUUUCAAUGGAGCAUCUAAUGCUAUGGCGUUUUCUAUGGAUUCCAAUUUGAAUAGUGCUGCUGCCAUGGCUGGAGGUAAUGGUUUAGGUCCAGUUUUGUCGCAAGUGCCAUCUAAAAAGUUAAACAAUUUGAAGAGAAGAAUUUUAAUGAAAAAGAAGUCAGUUCCAAGUUGUGAAAGAAAAGAUAAAGUACAAACACCUGGUUAUUGUGAAAAUUGUCGAGUUAAAUAUGACAAUUUUGAUGAUCAUAUCGCUAGUAAUAGACAUCGAAACUUUGCAUGUGAUGAUAGAAAUUUCCGAGAUAUUGAUGAUUUGAUUGCAAUUUUGAAUGAAACAAAAGAAUUGGGAAAUAUCUCUUCUAAUGGAGAUUAUGUAUAG